AUGCCGCCGAAUGAGGAAUUCGGUGUUCCAGGGGGUGAAUUCGCAGGUGGUUCUGUAGCACGAGAGCUAGUGAAUGAGAUAGGGGAGUAUCUCACCCGCCGUUACCCCCAUGUAUUUCGUGUGGUUUCACGGGUCAAACACACCCCUAAUGACCUCAGUUGGGAUAGCUUGGGCGAGAUCGAAAUCAUUGAGAUAAUUCCUCUUAAUGUUCGGUAUAAUCUUCAAGAAGAAGAUCCAAUGAAGGUGUCCGGAUUGCUUGAGAAUUCUAGCGUUCAAGAUGAUCUUGCCUUGAUGCUCGAAGGAAAAGAUUCCAGAUAUUACUUUCAAGCUGGUUCAAUCUGUACGCCAGGCUUCUGGCGGAUGCGCGACAAGAUUGGGCAUCCAUUGGAACGGAUUCAUGAAGGAGGGCGCGUGCCGCAAUACCGUGAAAAACUGCGUGAUAGCAUGAACAGAUUUUUCGUAAAAUUAAGAACGGACAAACCGGUGACAAGGAACAAUUAUUUUAUGCAGAUCGUUCGACCCGAAGAUGACCCUGGACGGGUUGGUUCGAUCGACGGCGAUGAGCUAGCUUGGUCGGAUACCACUAACGGGAACGAAGACCAUUUUGACGAGCCCAACCACGCCCCCAAGCCUGAUUUUAUCUCGAGUUCGGGAUUCGUUGAACCUCGGCCAAUUGGCAAGGAGGAGAUUGAUCGGGUUCGAUUUCGCACCGAGCGCCAAAGUCUUCGCCGCCUACCUCGUUCGGGUGCUAUUCUUUUUACCAUUCGCACGUAUAUCGAGCCUGUAAUCAAACUUGCGAGAGAACCGGGCGUCCCUGGACGUAUGGCAGAUGCUAUCCGCAGCUGGCCACCCGACGUCGCCGAGUACAAGGGUCAACACUUAUAUGCGGACGCCGUUUUGUCAUAUUUAGAAGAACGUCACAGGGAGCAAGUCGAACGUGGGAUAGUACAAGAAGGUCAACGAGAUGAAAGAUAUCCAUUCUGA